CGUCCGAUGACCAGCCGACGGGGAACCAAGUCCCAAGUAAUAAAUCUUCAAUCCCGCCCGAUUUGAAAACUCUCAUCGAUAUAAUUAUUCGCCUCCAAUUGAAGAGAAAUCUUGUUCCCGUCGGGAACACCUCCGAGUCGGGUUAGUCACACUCCGGAGACCUUCCGGGCGCACUAGUACUAAACGGCUUCCUCACUUAUUCGGCUCAUCAUGCUGCUUUGCAUAUCCAGGGAAUGCUCAUCGAGCUGCUUCUCGAUCGUAUGGCAUGUCACCAAAGAAAGAUCAUGAGGUCUCCAGGAUGUCAGACUACAUCAACCGACUUUUAUACCCAGGUUCUGCGGACACACUGAAACAUGUUGUUGAUGUUGGUUCAGGACAAGGAUAUUUGUCUCGUGCGCUCCAAAAUUUGGGUCACCAUGUGUUAGCUCUUGAUUUCAAUGACAUCCAGACCUCCGGGGCUGAGCGCUGGAAAGCAAAAGAAGCAGCAAGAAGGCAGAAGCAGCUUAAAAAGGGAAAGGAUGCCCAGAGCCCGCCCGACUUAAACCAUCACUGCAACGAUCCCCUUUUCCAACCACACGUGCCCACCUCUGUGCCUUCGGCUUCCACUGCCAGCAAAAACGGGCGCAUCGUGCAUAGCCGUAUUGGUUCUCUUACCCACCAGACCAUCUGCAUCAAUCCCCGUACACUCGAAUCGUCGAUUCAUGAUUGGCUUCUCUCCGGUGAAGCCAACCAAAUCGCUGGUAGUAUGAUCGGGGAUUUACUUGUCGGCGGGGGUGAGCGAGACACACCUCAGGAGAAGCCAGUUCCUGUAAUGAUGGUUGCCCUUCACGCGUGCGGAUCGCUCACACCUGAUGUCCUUCGCACCUUCCUGUCUAAUCACCGUAGACCCUCACCCCCCGAUGUUCGCAUUUGGACGGCGCAGGCACUCGUUGUAGUGGGAUGCUGUUACAACUUGAUGGCGCCUGAGGAUUUUCCGUUGUCCAGGUCGCUCCGUGAGCGAACACCAGUAGCAACACUUCCCCUUGCCUCUCGCCACCUGGCUGCACAGAUUCCAUCUCAAUGGCUCCGCAAUGAAACGUGUGCUCGAGAAGCAACUCUGGCGAUACGCAAAGUGGUUUUUCGAGCCCUCCUUCAGCCUGUCCUUCAAGUAAUAGGUGCAGGGGAAGCCUCUGCAAAUCACACUGCAGAAGAGCUCCGUGGCGCAGGCCAAACACCAGAAAAUAGGCGGUUGGGCAAGCUCCCUAAUGCUGCGUACAAGGAUUGGGAAACAUUCCUGGAUGGUGCGACGUCGAAGAUCGGCGUCCGACUCGACCAAUCUGCAACACAGCUUCCUGUUUAUAUUCACAAUGAGCGCGUCCGAAGGCAGCUGGAAAGUGCCUUGUCGGUAUUGCACGUGUUAAGGUGCAUCAUGGGGCCUCUAAUAGAAUCUCUCAUCCUUCUCGAUAGGCAUGAAUGGAUUCGAGAAGAGUUGAGUGAAAGCAGUGAAUCACCGGAGUCAAACGUAAUGGACGUUGACCUGAUAAACCUGUUUGACCAAGCAACAGGAAGUGGAAGGAACGUAGCUAUUGUUAUCAAGCCUCGCGAGUGGCUCAAUAUGAUUUAACAUUCUAUGACCAACCGGAAGGCACCCUCGGUCUUUCUGUGGAUCAUAGUUGAACGUACAUUAAGGAUCGACUUGAUUGACAUCAGAGCCUCGGAAUGGCCACGAAAAGAUGUCCUUUCCGAUCUUCACUGCGAUAGUAUCCGCGCCGAACCCUCCGGUGUGAGCGGAUGAGACUUUAGCACCAAAUUGCUGGUUUAGCGUAGGGAUCAACACAGAUGGAAAGUGGGGAAUACGCGGAAAACACUCGGUCUGGAAUUCUUUAUUGGAUUGCCCGAUGUCCCCGCUACUGGACAAAUUGUUGCCCGAUGUGCCUUCUGCUGGUAUGGCACUUUCAU